CCAGUAAACGACAGGUUAUGUCCCUGGAUACUGAUUUCAAAACACAAAUUUUACCAUCAGACGUCUUUUGAGUUCAUAGCAGAAAGACAAAUAAGAUUUAAAAUUAAAUUCAGUAAAACGCUAGAAAUAUUGGCGUUAUCCUUGUUAUAUUAGCGCAAUAAGGAGCAAUAUAUAUCGAGGUGAUAUGCAACUUUAAAGAUGAUGUUUAUUAAAGAGGAGAAUGAUGACACAUCUGAUCCAGAACCCUGCAGAACAGAAAAUGAGCACCAAGAAGGCCUGAUGGAGGUGAAAGAAGAAAGUCAAAUUCUGAAUGAAAUGGAGGAGAAACGUCAGCAUCACAAAGCUCAUGAUGUCCUCGCUGGAGAAAAAUCAUUGAUUUGCUCCCAAACUGGAAAAAACAAUUUCUCACAAAGCAGCACUCAGACAACAGCCAAAAAGCCUUUCACCUGCUCUCUGUGUGGAAAGCAGUGUGCCCACAGAGGCCACCUGAACGAUCACAUGCUAACUCACACCGGAGAGAAGCCGUUCUCUUGCCCUCAGUGUGGAAAGAGAUUCUCGCGCAGAAGAAGCCUCAACGAUCACAUACUAAUUCACAACGAAGAGAAGCGUUUCGUCUGUCCUCAGUGCGGAAAGGGUUACAAACGCAACGAACACUUUCGGAGUCACUUACUAAGUCACGAUGGAGGCAAACCCUUCACCUGCUCACAGUGUGGAAAGAGUUUCAGUUAUAAACGAACCCUUAACGAUCACAUCAAAAUUCACACCGGAGAGUGUCUUCACACGUGCCUUCAGUGUGGAAAAAGUUUCCUGAAUAAAGGACACCUUAAGGAUCACUUAAAAAUCCACACUGGAGAGCGACCUUUCGCUUGCCCUCAGUGUGGAAAGAGCUUCAUCAGUAAACAAAACGUUACCUCUCACAUGAGAAUUCACACAGAGGAGAAGCCUUUUAAAUGCCUUCAGUGUGGAAAGGGUUUUGCAUGGGCAAGCUGUCUGAAAAUCCACAUGCGCCACUCUCACUCUGAAGAAAGAGAGUUUACCUGCGAGCACUGCAAUAAAACAUUUGUUUUAGAGUCUUACCUAAAGAGGCACUUGAAAAUUCAUCAAAACGAGAAGCCUUUCGUCUGUUCGGUUUGCGGGAAAAGUUUUUUAUGGCUGCUGUGUUUCAAAGCGCACCAGAAAAUUCACGAGGGUGUGAAAACGCAUGUGUGCUCAGAGUGUGGCAGAGCCUUUGCUACAGCCGAUUAUUUGAUAAAACACCAUAAAAUCCAUUUGGGAGAGCGGCCGUACGUGUGCUUAUAUUGCGGAAAGAGUUUCACUAAGAAAGCAAACCUGGUAGAUCAUGUAAGACUGCAUACUGGAGAGAAGCCGUACACCUGCGCUCAGUGUGGAAACAGUUUCACCUCAAGAAAAGGUCUGAGCUAUCACAGAGAAAAGCAUUGUUCUAAAAGCGUGCCAAAGUCAUGUUCAGUUGAAAUCCAGAUAGUGUCGGAUAUGCCUAAAGAUUGCGUUUCUACCAAACAAGCAAUUACAUCUACAACCUUUAGUGGUGAAUAAGCUCUCAUCCAAUGUAAAUGGCAGCAGAAAGUUUGUGCAUCUAGCACUUAAUUUUAAAUGAAAAUUUAAGGGAAGGAAAUAAAACGGAAAACUAAGGGAGUGAGAGUGGAGUCUGGAAAACUACAUAUUUUAUAAUACAUAAAUGUAAAUGUAGACCUUAUGUAGCUCCGCCCCUUUUCAGCGCUGCACUCAUUGUCUUCUGUCUUCCAUUUUUAUUUCCACAGUGUGAAGGUCAGGUUGUAUGCAUUUCUGAAUGAACUGUUCGUUUUAAAAUCUACUGACGUUUCUAAUGACAUCUGCUUCAAACAUUACAAUGCACAUGAUAACUUUCAUUAAAUCUACAACAAGUAAAUCCACUACACCAAGCUAAUUACUCUUUAACAGUGAUGAGUGAUGAUAGACUCCUUAUUUUUCAACAUGGAAGUAAGCCUUUUUCUGUGAAUGUGCGAGACUUCCGGUUUCCGAAAAAACAACAUGCAGUAAACUGUAAAACUGUGUGCACUACAAACCAGUGUGUUCAUAAUUAUGAUAAUACAUUAAAAUAAUAUGGUAAGACACGCCAGUUUGUGAUAUCAAGCAGCAAAACGAGCUGUUUUGUACAGCUAAAAAUAGCUGGACGCGAACGACAUCGAAACCCAGACACAUUACAUUUACAAUAAAUUAAAUUGUGUUUCAUUAACAUCUACACCAACCCUAAACCUACCCUUUACAAUAAUGCAAAAACAGUAAUUGUUGUACAGUGUGAAAAAAAUUACACUAUAUUGAUGUGCGCAUGCCCAGUAGCCACAGCUGUAUCCCAUCUGGCCUUAACCCGCUCUUACCAGAAAAAUAAGGUGGUAUACAGCUACUGCAGAAGGUUCAAAGACUGAAUUCUGAAGAUGGCUGUGCACUUGCUUCUGACGCAUAAGCUUUAUAGUAUAUUUAGAGAGGGUCAAGCAUGUAUAGACACCUAGAGGAAUAGCCUACAUUAAAAAAAAAAAAAGCAUUUUUGUAUUUUUUAAUUAAUGUUUCUUUUUUUUAAUGAAUUUUAUUCCGAAGAAAAAUUGUCCUGGUCAAAAAUGUGUACAAUUUUUGUUGAUGAUUCAAUCAAGCAAAUUCAAAGAUCUAGCUAGCUGUAUAGAAAAUAAUAUACUGUGCAUUAAAAUGGGAUUUUAAAGCAUGUAAGAAACCAAAAUAAAUGAAACAUGCAAUUUGAAUGUGACUUUCUUUUUGUAUACUUUGAUUUUAUUCCUUUCACAAUUUGAUUUUUUCCCUUAAUUUUGUGUUUUUAUUUUGGUGCUAGACUUUAUGGAACGAAACAUUUAAAUAUAAAUAUAUAAAAUUAACAUAUUUACAAAAUAUGAUUACUCAUACUCUUUGGCAUGCUACACAGAAUUGCUCAUUGUGUUUGUAAAUGUUUACUGUACUGUAAUAAAAACAAUU